UAACGUGCGGCGCUCAGUCGGCUGCGCCAGUCAGUGCAAUGGGCUGCUGCAAGCGCCCUCGCCGCCCACAUUGCACCUCAGCGCCGCAACAAAGAUCCAAGAGGGCAGUGUUAUAGUUGAGGGCGUUGACUGUGGGAAUAGACGCAGCUCCUCCAUCAUGUUGGCCUGUCUUCAACGAACACAGAACCCACCUUCACAGCGCUUGUCAUGUCCCAAUAAAACGCUGGAGCCUCUGAAAUAUGAGACAGUCAGAUCCACACAUUCUCCACGGUAUCCAAGCCCAGCCGAACUUGAUGCUUAUGCCCAGAAGGUGGCUAACAAUCCACUCACAAUCAAGAUCUUUCCUACAAAUAUCAGGGUUCCUCAGCAUAAGCACCUUAACAGGACUGUGAAUGGCUAUGACACAACGGGACAACGCUACAGUCCAUAUCCUGUACAUUCUGGAGGGUACCAAGGUCUUUUAGCUAUUGUGAAGGUACACAGCAAAAGUGUGGUGAAAAGUACAGAUGGCAAGAGGACGCGAAUGUCCCCAGCACAAGUCGGAAAUAGCAACAUUGGAGCCUACCCAGUGCCAAGCACUUUAGCGCAGAGUCAAUCGUGUACUGGGCAAAUAAUUUACCACAGUAGCCAGAAAUCUUUGGAAGGACCUGUUCCGCCUAAUGUAACUGUUGCCAAAUCUGUUAUUCCAUUAGGAGGACGAGGCCUGUCUCUGCAGCAGUCAAAUCUCCCUUCCAUUCAAAGUAUUAUUUACCAGAUCAACCAGCAAUGCCAGGCUCAGGCAUCACAACAGGUUUCAGCUGCUGUUUGUCAGGGUGCUAUAAUUACUAAUCCAAGCCCGGCCACAGCCAGCCGCAAUACAGUGAAUGGUUUUACCAGCAUGGUUAAUGGAAGUGUGGUGUAUGCUGGAACAGUUUUACCCGAAUGCCGUGGAGGUACAGAGUUGGCAACUGCUUCGAGUUUAGCUUCUGCAGCGGGACCUAAAGCUGGGGCGUAUCCAGAUGGAAUGGAUUAUUUACUAUGGCAACAGAAACACCAGAUCCGUAUGUAUUCGGGCAGUGGAGGUGGGGGAGUUAUAAGUAAAUCACCAGAGGUUUGUGGUGUCCCAAGACCAUACACUUUGGCACCUACUAUUGAAAAAAUUCCUUCAUCUCCUUUGAACUGUGUGGGCAUGCACUGUAAUUUUUCAACAGGGCAGUAUUUAGCAGCCCCAUGGAAUAGUGUAUUGGUGACACCAGACAGUGACUGUUAUAAUCCACAGGACCUCACGAAUGGGCACCGUGAUCUUGUUGUUCAGCCUUCAGAUGGACUCGCCAGUGUCUCCAGUAGAACGCUAUGUAAUACCUCUAUUCUCAGUAGCAGUCUGCAGUCACUGGAGUAUCUGAUUAACGAUAUUCACCCACCCUGCAUUAAAGAGCAAAUGCUGGGUAAAGGAUAUGAGACUGUUUCAGUACCUCGAUUAUUGGACCACCAAAAUGCUCACAUACGACUACCAGUUUACAGAUAGAGAUAUAACUGUUGUUCAGAAAGAUAGUACGAUGGUGUUAAAUCUGUUAGAAACACAGAAGUCUUCAGCCUCAAUACUGUAGUUAAAGGCAAAUGAAGUGGCGUGUUUAAAAUGCCCCAGGUAUUACAAGAUUCUGGAAUGUGUUUGGGUUGAUGAAAACAUGGAAUCUGCUGGUAUUGAUAUUGAAAGAUGGCAAUAUCAGAAGAAAAUACACUAAAAUGGGGACUGGGAUUUGGCAUUGGACACCAGAGGGCGUGGAGCUAUUGGAAAGGUGCAGAAAGCUUUGCCAUAUGUGCUGAUGGGUCUGCAUGCAGAAUUUUCUUUAAUUAAAAUCCUGCGCUAAAUUCUGUGAACGUGGUCCCGAGAUCCUCGCCAUUGCCGCUUGUCAUUGUCAUCUUCAUCUUUGCCAUGAUUACAAAAAAAUGAGCUACUGCCUAAAUCAGAGUGGAGAGUCGUUAUUGCACUGUGUUGGAACUAAGAUAAAAGUGGGGACAGCCCAGAUUAUUAUAAAAGAAAAUAUCUUGGAAAACUUGAACCUAAUUUUUGUUUGAUUUUUUUUAAUUUUGUGUUGGCUGCUAAAAAUAAAAUGAUUUUUCCUCUCUACGUUUUAGGGAAAAGUUAAAGUUAAUUCAUGAGGGAAUCGCUGGUUUUAAGGUGUUUCGUAAUGAAAUAUAUGCCCACAAUUGUGCUAAAAUAGCAAAGCAAGCUGUGAGAUGGUGCAAGGGUUGAUGGUAUUGAUAAAUGCACUCAGAAGAAUACUGUAUAUGGUAUUGCUGUUCUUUCUAUAGGACUAGAAAACCCAUUAGGUGUAAAAAUGAGUUGUAAGAGCACAUUCCUACAAAACCUGAUUGUCAUAUACUGACUGUUUUAACUUUCUAAGUGAAAUAAAUGCCUAUUCAGUAAUGCGGAACACUCAGAGAUUGUGUGCUGCUGUGGUGAAUAGCAAAGACUAAUAUCUGACAACAGUUCCAAAAUAAUAGUGCGUCAUGCAAGAAUGAUUGUCAGUCGCCAAGAUAGCUACCAUAUCAAGUCUAAUUAUUUUUCAUUGUAGGCACCAUAAUAUAGCGGCAUUCCACUAAACAGCGUAUCAUCUUUCCUCUUCCAGUUGUUUCCUAUCCAAUAUAAAGUAAAAUGAGCUGUUCCUGGACUUUGCCAGCAUUUCUCAAUUGGCCAAUAAACUGCAUGACCAGGGUUUAUGGGAGCUAACAAGGCUAUUGGCAUCAUUUUUAAAAGUACACUUUAUUUCCUUGGAGAUCAACUGGCCACUGCUCAGUUGCUACCUUAGAGAGAGAAAUUGUAAGAUGAUAGUUUGCAUUUGAACUCAGUCAUUUAGCUUUCAUGAUCAAAUGUCCAUUAAUGAAAGUUAUUUCCAGUCUGAUGAUUUUCGGUUUCAGAAAUUAGCUGCGUUUGUCACAAAUUUCUGUUUAUCCAAUACAAGUUUGAUUAAAUUAGUCAAAUUCACUUCCGCCAGUGGUUAAAAUACUGAAAUAAGCUGUAUCCUAAUCAAAGCAGAUGUAAUUUAAUGCCACAAAUACAUACAUUUUCUUUAAACCAUGCCAUCAUCUUUUGUAGAAAUGUAUUGGCGCAGACAUUUUUUUACUGCAUUGUUUAAUGCCUGUUUAAUACUUUGGACUGCUAAUGGUUCCGUUUUAAUCCGUUGUUGACAUUGCAAGUUUGAAAUUCCUCUAAUUUACGCUGCCACUUCUUCCUCCUCACUCCGCCUCUUGCCACCAUAUUUUAUGAAGAACCUACUUCUUUUUUCUGUCAACAUUUCAUACUGUUAUGCUAUAUCAUAUAAUCCAGAAAAUAAGGGCAGGUAGUUCUGCAUUGACAUGUGUUUCCACAUCACAAAUUAGAUAUAAAACGAUCGAUGAAUGAGGGAUCAUUAUUUGUGUUACACGAACCUAAUUGGCUGUAACGCAACUUCGAUUGGGAAUUAGAGACCCACUUAAAAGUUGCUAUGGAAAUUGACCCGCAGGAGAAAAAAAGACUUGGAGAAAAAUGGUUCCAUGUAGUUUCCCCGCAGUAAUGUGACACCAUUGUCUCUUAAGAACACAGCUGCCACUUUCACCGCAAGAGGCCAUUGAAAUUGAUGACCAAUCGCUUCUAUUGACACUUGUGCAAUGUUACUCCAUUGAACAAUGUAACAUAUAACCAUCAUUUUACAAAAACAAACUUUUAAGAAGAGCUUUUUGUUUUAAAUCCUGCGGGGAAAAAUAAUUUUGUUCUUGCAAAUCUGAAACGCUCCAUUCCUUUCUUCCAUUGACACAAUUGCUUUUACAACAUGAUUUUCCGUUACACAAGAUUUCUUAGGAAUGCAAUUAAAAUGUUAUUGCAGAAUCACGUGUAAUAAUCUAUCCUCAAAUUUGUUGCUGCCUCAUAAUUAACCAGAUGGGAAGAAUGAAUUAUAGAUUGAGAUGGUUGUAACUCUCCUUUGCAAUCUCUCAGUCGGGCACCUCUCCUCAAUUUUGUAACCCCAAACUCUUGUGGAUGAUGCAGAUUGUUUGAUUCAGUUGGGUUUUCUUGAAAGGAAAGGAAAACUGCUAAGAGACAUAAAACUAUUUGAAACAACUUAAGAAUUCUGACAUACCUGUCUGCAGCAAGAAUACUAUUCUUUUUCUUUAUAUUUUCUACAGAUGUACCUCUACAUAUUUCUAGUAUUUUUGAUUAGCAUAGCACCAACUAAAAUAUUCAUCUUGGUUCAUAAUUUACUUCAUACCAAUGAUUUGUUCUUAAUUUAUGCCAAUGGAGAUAGGUCUUCUAGGAUAUAGUAUAAUGUGAUUAAUUUAUUUGGAUUCUUUCUGUUGUAUAAUUUUGUGCAUUGUCAAAACAACAGGACUACGGUGAUCUUCUAUCCAUUAAUCUUGACUACUUUUUCUUUUGAAGUUGUUUUGGUUAAAAAAUGUUACAGUAAACUUCAUAAAAACCUUCAAAUACCCAGGCGAGUGCUAGUAUUAACAUCUUCCUGCAAACCACGAAAAUCCAUCCAAAUUUAAGAGUACUACGUUGUUGAACUCGCAAUCUUAAAAAAAAAUCAGGUCUUCAACUGGGCUCUGCUUAUAUGAAUUACAUGAAACUAUUGAACAAUUCAUAAGAAGCACAUGCAGGCAAUAUUGCCAAUGUGUUCAGAGUUUUGCAGGUUGUGCUUUCAAAGCCAACUGCAAAAAGUUUUUUAUAUAUAUAAUGUUUAUUUUUAUCUUAUGACUGCUUUAAAUAUUUCUAUUCCCUACUUUAAUUUUAUCUACUUUGCGCACAAUUGUUUACUUAACCUUCAAAGGGGGAAGGGAAGAAAAUUAAAAACAACAAAAUAUAUUUAUCUCAAAUUGCACAAUGGGAGUAAUUGUAUAGAAAGAAUGUGAUACGAGAAACGCUUAUGUUUAUUUAGCUCGAGAAAAACAACUGAGGGAAUUGUGAGGUGCAUAAGAAUUUUUUGGCAUUGAAUAAUUUCUUUUUUUUGUGUGAGCAGUAAUAAUAUUCAGAUAUAUUAGACACUUAUACCAGUCAAGUAUAGUGGUUGGGAUGGAGAUAGUGAUCCUUUGGUCCCAGGGAGUGAAAAUCAAGAUCAAUUAUAACAGAUUGAUCAACUGUAAUAAAUGUGUCGUUGUAAACUUUUUUGUCAUAUUCCAUAGGUUCUAAAUUGGAUGUCUGGGUUCAUUUCUCAUUGUAAAGAGGCUAGAUCAAAUGAUCAAUUAUACACUGCCCUUUCACCUCUGGUUGUAGGUUUGAUUUCAACUAAAUUAUGAGGUCAAAGGCCUCUCACUCAAUUGGCUACGAGGGCCCGAUAUGAAAUCCAUUUGCGAUAGCAUCUAAUUUCAUCUGGGCGUUAGCUCACGAUUCAGAACAUUCUGCAAUUAUUUUGGUGAUGGAGGAAAACAAAAGUAUGAAGUGCUCGACUAAGCCACAGAUUUGGACAAUAAAUGAAGCUUCAUUCUGCAUCUACUUGGGAGUCGAUAAUGCUGAUGAUAAAUAUGAAUGUCCAAGAUCUUGCCUUUUUAAUAAUCACAUUCUUUAUCUCAAUAAAAAAAAAUAUAUGCAAGUUGAGUGCUAAAAAUAUUUUUGCAUCUUCCAAACUUCUGUUAUUGGACUUAAUUUCAAAGUUAAUGUGUGCACAAUUUGCAAGAUAAAUCUUUAAUCUAGUUUAAAAAAAUGAUACAGGUUGCAAGCAAACAUUUUCCUCCAUGGUUGACCUGACCAAAAGCUUCAAAGUAUACGUGAACUAUUUCAUAUUGGUCUUAUUUAUGUACAGGUCACGUUCCAUUUUCCAACAUGUUACUUUCUAGUUUUCUGAGAUCAACCACAAUAAAAUAUACAGGUAUUUCCGUACAAGAAAUGAGAUCUGGCUAGAAUUAGAAACUCUGGAUUCUUGAUUAUUAUUGAGUUAAGAUCCUUUGAGCAAAUGUGAUUUUCUUUUCCCCAGAAUGAGUACAGGAUAAAUAGACAAACCCUCUCUCUAUUCCUUUCCAUAUAGAUGGUAAUGUGAAAUGUAAGCACAAUAUCUAAAUAAGUAUUUUGUAGCAAAGUAUGAAGCAUUAUAAUCUUACUUACAAAAGGAUUUGGACUUGCUCUGUUUUUAAAUACCCUCAUUUGUCCCCACCUUGUUACAUUUUUGUUCCUGCUAAAACAAUUGGAUCCUCUCGCAGAAUAUUAUUGGAGAAGAACUGUCACCUCCAUUUCUGAACUGAUAUCUCCAGAUUUGGGUUAUUCUUUUAAACAUUCCACAAGCAAAAUACCUGGAAUUGAGAUCUGGACCAUCCAUGAUUUCUUGAAAGUUUUGUUAAGCCUCAGCAGGCUAAUGGACAGGUUGGGGAGAAGAACUAAACCUCUGAAAGCUACUACAUGACAUUUAUAAACCGUGCAAUCUUGCCCUGUUUCCAUGUGGUUAGGCCACUCUAUAAUGCAAAAAAUAGCUCAGUGAUAGUGUAACAGAUUUUAUGCUGCCAAUAUCACCAUAAUGAUGGAUGGUAGACUCUUCCAACCAUAUUGAUUACCAUUGACGUAAAUGGAGAAUCUAUUUAAAAGCAACCACUACCUCUAGUGGAUGUAUUGUGGCACUGUCGAUUGCAUUUAAAAACAUAACUUUAAGAUGUUUUUUUAAUUACUCUAUGUGAGACCCCUUCCUGAUGUCCUUUGAUAUAUGUGCCUACUAGCAUCUCCGUUAUUAAUAGCAUAUACCUCUUAGUUGUGGCACUGGAGUUGAGCAUCAUAAAGAAACAAAAUCUGAUCUGUAAUGCUAAUGAAGUGUAACAUUUCCGUACAUUGAACUUUACACCAGACAUAAAAAACACGACCCAUUUUCUAUAGAAUAGUCAACAACUAAUUUCUCCCUUGAAAUUGUUUUGGGGAAGUGUCCUAAAUAAUCUGAAAUGCAUGUAUCGGAAAAAAUCCUUAUCCUAGUAAAGCCCUAGUUACCAAUUGCCUCGUAAUCAUCACAUUGAACAGAGCAAACUGAAAUUAUCAAAAAAAUAAAGUCAAAUAAAAUUGUUACUGCUGCUAAAGUGAGACAUAGCAAAGUGGCCUCUGAAUAGAUUUUGUGCAGAGAAAGACCAUGUUCAGCUUCAUCUGAUAAUCGUUGCAUAGUUCACUGAUACAAGUAGAAUCCUGGAGUUAUUACAGGUGACCCUAAUAACUUUGGAGCAAGCAUAUUCUUGGCCAAACAAUAAUCCCCAUGCAUUAGGGUAAUAGUAUUAAAUUCAAAAUAGGAUUUUGCUGAGAGCACUUAGUCUUUCUGCUUUUCUCCCUCAGCUGUUAAGUCACAGUAACAUAUGGCAAGUCAUUAGAAAGCUUCGGCAAUUGAAAAGCCUGCCUUCUAAAUACAAAUAUUUUUUCCUUGCUUGCUAAGAAGAGGCAGGAGAAUAAAAUGUAAAGACUUGAAUUUAUGUUAGGCGAACUGACAGCCUUUCUGACAAAGAUUUUGUAGAUUGGAGAAGUAAUAAGGAAAUAAGUACCCAUGUUUACUCUUUUGUUAUGAAGUUACUAUUCAAGUCACUGGCUGGAUUUGCUUCAGGACAAGCUCUGUUCAUAGAAUUUCAUCAACAUUUUCAAUGGCAUUGUGGACAGAAUUUGUCCUUUGUAAUUAACAAGGGUGAGUGAGGAAGGGUGGCUUUCACAAUCAAUGUAGGAGACUCAUGCAGACAAAAGAAGCAUCCUCGGGCACUUCAGGGUAAAUUUGUUUUUAUCACUUGAGAGCAAUGCCCAUCUGUAACAAAUGUUUCAAUUUUUUCUCUUCCAUUGGAUAUUAGAUUAGAAUAAUAGUGCAAAUGCACACAUUUUUGUUCGUGGAAAAUUUCAAACAUAAGUAGAAAGAUUUAAGAAGAGAAUAUUCUUGGGUGCUUAUCGCAGAUCAAGCAUGUUUGGUAACAAUUGCAAUUUACUUUUUUAAUUGUUGUUAAGGAAGA